AUGCAACGCUCCGAAGCCUUGUGGGGACCUGAUGCUCAGGAGUGGAAACCGGAGCGAUGGCUUGACCCUAAAGAGGCCGCGAAGCACAAUGCUAGCUUUGAGUUUGUCCCUUUCAAUGCAGGGCCGCGUAUUGUUCGUCUCGUUUCUCUGCAAAUUAUGUUUCAUUCAUUUCUCAUCACCAGUCUCUUUCUAUACCAACCCGAAGGUUCCGCGCCACGGCCAGAGUGGAAAAAAGAUGACGAUACUCAGAUGGGGAGG